AUGGAAGUCCUGUCCUUGAGGCAAAAGAUCGUCUUGAGUAGACAGGCCAUCCACUUCCUCCACCGAUGCCUGCGUCAGAAGAUCAUACCAAACUUCAUAAAACAGAAGAAAUUGGACGAGACCUUGGGCAAAGCAAGAGGCGAUCAACGACUACAGGCACUCGAAUUGCAUAUUCUACGAAUGGCGCUGAGGAGCAAGCGAGACUAUAUGUAUACUUUGCUCAACAAGUGUAACCCGGCUACUGGUGGAAGUGGGGGAGAUAGGGACAACCAAAGGGUCACUUUGAUUGGUAGCGUCAGUUUGUCUGAGGAGGCGCUAUCACUCUUGGAUAUGGGACCUAGUUUCUCUCCCAGCCGCUCGCUAUGUAAGACCGUGACGCAGAAAAUCGUCGGCAACCUACAAUCACUGCACGACAGACUGCGACAAAGGGCCAGGAUCGAUAGUCGACCCGAGGGGUUUAAUACCGUCAGCUGCUGUGGCAUACCGCCCCCACCUUUCCCCGCCACAUAUCUGGGGUCUCAGGAGCCCAACCCAGAAAUGGACUCGAAGUUCCGCAUUUUCGCCGACUCAUUGUUUGCGUUAUUGCGUCGUAACAUCGGUAAACGAACCUGUCAGAAACCUCACCUCGGCUCAGAGUCGGGGAUAAGCGUGAGCGACAAAGGCGGAGAAUUUGUGGUUCUGUCACAGGCAAUGGACAGAGCUAUCACACGGGCUCACCUUCAGGAUAGAACG